AUGCCUCCCGUUCCUAAAUACAAACACCUAUCCGGCCAUCAAAAACGUAAGAGGAAGAAGCUAGAGGAAGAGAAAAGAAAGGCGGACGAAGUAAAACAAAACCGAAUACACAAGUUUUUUUCAAAAGAAACUCAAAGUUCUAGUUCUAACUUGGGUGAUGAUAAUGUGGGUGAAGACAAUGUUAAUGCUACCGUAGAUGAAGAAGCUAAUGUGGGCAAAGACAAUAUGAACGUAGAUGUAGACAACAUGAACGCAGGUGAAGAUAAUGUUAAUCCCGUUCCGGAUAUUGAUAUUUUUGAUCCUAGAAAUUGGGGUGGGCUUAGUAAUGACAUGAUUAAAGAGUUGGUUAUGAAAUGUCCAAAAAGAGAUAGGGAUGUUGUUAAGGGCCCCGUGGAUAAAUUUGGAAGACAUUUUUCUAAUACCAUGUACACCAGAAUUCUAUCAAAUAGGGAGACGUGCGAUAGAGAAUGGCUAGUGUAUUCGAAAAAACUUGACAAAGUCUAUUGUUUUUGUUGUAAAGUUUUUAGAACGGGGCAUCCGAAAGGUGGGUUGGAUGAUGAAGGUUAUAACGAUUGGAUACAUGUCAGUGGUAGACUUAAAAAACAUGAAGUUGGUUUAGAACAUUUCAAGAAUAUGAAUGAAUGGUUUGAAUUGCACCAACGGUUGAAAUGCAAUGAAACAAUUGACAAAUCGGCAUAUGAGCAAUUUAGAAAAGAAAAAGAUUAUUGGAAACAAGUCAUCUUAAGGAUUGUUGCACUUGUGAAGUUUCUUGCAAAAUAUGGCUUAGCGUUUCGUGGGUCAAAUGAGAAGUUGUUUCAAAAAGGCAAUGGAAACUUUUUGGGUUUGGUUGAGAUGUUGGAAGAGUUUGACCCGAUUAUGAAAGAACAUGUGCGCCGAGUUUUGAUUGAUGAGUGCCAUGUACACUUUCUUAGCCACAAUAUUCAAAACGAGUUGAUACAAUUAUUAGGGGAUAAAGUUAGAACCGAAAUCAUCAAGAAGGUUAAGCAAGCAAAGUAUUACUCCAUCAUCCUCGAUUGCACGCCUGAUACAAGUCACCAAGAGCAAAUGUCCAUAAUUGUGAGGUAUGUGAAUUUUAACUCUAGUUCCGUGACCAUUGAGGAAUCCUUUUUAGGUUUUUUGGUUGUUGAUGAUACCACGGGUUUAGGAAUUUUUGAAGUAACAUGUAAGGAAUUAGAGUCGCUAGAUCUUGAUAUUGGUGAUAUGCGUGGUCAAGGCUACGAUAAUGGGGAAAGUCGUAUAGAUAGUAUUAAGCCUAUAAGAACUCAACUUGGAGAUGUAAGAAAGGAUUUGCGAGAAGUUAGGGGGACGAAUAGAGAUGCUAAAAUCAUAAGUGAAGCUAAAUCAUUAGAAGAGUAUGAACUUGGUGAUUUUGAAUUUUUGGCACAAAUUGUCAUUUGGUUUGAAUUAUUAUCAAAGGUGAAUGUGGUGAGCAAACGGUUGCAAGCAAAAGAUGUUGUCCUUGAUGUUGCUAUUGAUGAAGUAGACAAAUUAAUUAAAUUCUUUAAGAAUUAUAGAGAAGUGGGGUUCUCUAAGGCACUUGAUGAAGCUAGAGAAAUUGCAAAUGAAAUAGGUGUAAAUGCGGAAUUUCGUCAAAAACGUGUGAUAUAUAGGAAAAAACAAUUUGAUGAAUCGUCAAGUGUAGAAGAAGUAACAUUUUCACCCGAGGAGGAUUUUAGAGUAAAUUAUUUUUUAAGUAUUGUUGAUCAAGCUAUUUUUUCACUUGAAACAAGAUUUGAACAAUACCAAAAAUUCGAAAAUAUAUUUGGGUUUUUGUUUCCUAAAAAGUUGAAGACUCUUGAUGAAGCCAAGCUUAAGGAGUGCUGUUAUCGCCUUGAAGAUGCAUUGAAGUAUGAAGGAGAAUCGGAUAUUGAUGCUAAAGAAUUGUAUACGGAGUUGAAGUUGAUUACUACAUUUUUACCGAGACACAUUGACAACCCUUUUGACGUUUUAGACUAUAUCUUCCAACGCAGUACUACUUAUCCUUAUGCUAUAAAUGCAUAUAAAGUGUUGUUGACAAUUCCGGUAACCGUUGCAUCAGCGGAAAGAAGUUUCUCAAAGUUGAAGUUGUUGAAGACCUAUUUACGUUCUACAAUGUCACAAGAAAGGCUAAACGGGUUGGCAACAAUAUCUAUUGAAAGUGAAAUAUUAGAUACUAUGGAUUACAAGGAGUUGAUCGAGAGCUUUGCUUCAAAAAACGCUAGGAGAACCACACUGUUUGCUUAG